UUGGUUUUCGGUUAAACCAAACCAAAAUUCUUGCUUUCCAAUAAAUACCGAAUCCCACUCCCUCUCUCUGCCACUUCGAAUUUAACACAUUCCCGGAGCUCCGAUCAUGUCAUCUUGCUCCGACGACGCAAUUCCCGGCCAACCAAUCGUCCUUGGUUGUGGUCAACUUUGUCUGGAUUACUUAGUCACAGUAUCGUCUUUUCCAAUUCCCGAUCAAAAGAUUCGAGGCACGAGCUUCAAGGUCCAAGGAGGUGGAAACACUGGGAAUUCUUUAACAUGUGUUGCUCGUUUGGGUUUGCCUUCUCGAAUUUUAGCUAAGGUUGCUGAUGAUUCUCACGGGCGUUAUAUGAUAGAGGAACUCGAAUCUAGCGGUGUGGAUACUUCGUUUUGUAUGAAUGCUAAAGACGGAGCUUCACAUUUUAAUUACGUCAUUGUAGAUAACCAAACGAAUACUCGAACGUGUAUUUACACUCCAGGAUAUCCUCCUUUGCUCCCAGAUGACCUUACGGAAUCUCUCCUUUUUGAUGUUCUUGAUGGAGUAAGAGUUCUAUAUGUAAAUGGAAGGUCCCGUGAAGCCGAAUUGCUUCUUGCACAAAAGGCACAUAGCAAGAAUAUAUCAAUCUUAAUUAAUGCAGAGAAAAAAAGGGCAGGGCUAGAUGAGCUCCUUGACUUGGCUGAUUAUGCUAUUUGCUCUACUAACUUCCCUCAGCAAUGGACAGAGUCACCAUCAUCUCCCAGAGCACUUCUCUCUAUGCUCAUAAGAUUACCGAAGCUAAAAUUUGUGAUCAUGACUUUGGGGGAACACGGUUGUGUGAUGCUCGAAAGAUGUUCCAAUGAGGUUUCAGGGUCGGAAGAAGAGACAGACAUAGAUGAACUAAACGAGUCUCUGAAACAAAGCACAGACUUUACAAGUGUCUUACCUGUCUGCAAUUCAUCGCUAGUGACUAGACUGACAGGGAAUGUUACAGGGAGACUGGUUAUAGUAACAGCUGAGAAAAUACCUUCAUCGGAACUUAUAGACACAACUGGUGCUGGAGAUGCGUUUACGGGAGCUUUGCUUUAUGGUUUGUGCACAGAUAUGGCUACUGAGGAAAUGUUGACAUUUGCAUCUCGAGUCGCUGCUUGCUGCUGCAGAGGUUUAGGAGCUCGAACUAGUCUUCCAUUUCGUACUGAUCCAAACCUUGCAACGUUCUUGGGGGCAUAACCGUAAUUUUCAUUGUCUUCUUUACGUCUAAAAAGUCUUUUAAAUGCGUCUGUAUUUAUUUUGUAUGAAAGUGAAAUAAAAUAUGUUUCGAGAAAUUCCAAGUCAGAUUCUCGU